AUGUCGUCCACAGCUCCGGUUACGGCCUUAGAUCAUCCUUUAAUCUGGGUCUUGUUAGCAAAAGCUCAAAACUCCUCUUGUAACACUCAGGAGAAAGAAGUUACCCAAGCGAUAGAAGACAUCCAGCACCUUCUCGAGAAUAGCUUAGGUCGAGACGUAACCCAACUCAAAGUUCGCGAAACUAGGGACAGGCUCGACCGGGAAGAGACAAUGGCCAAGGCACUUUCUAACAUGGAAUACCUGGAGGCAACCAUCAGUCAUUUCUCACGUAUCAUUAGUCCUGAAUCUCCAAGAUCUGAUGAUAAUGUCUCGACGGAUCAAGCAGCCAAUCUGAAAAGAAAAUGGAAAAUCCUUGAACAAUCUGAGCACAAAUGGGAAGAAUUAGAAGAUUGUCGCAAAAGAUGCCGCGAUGAUUACAACCGUGAGAUGAGAUACCAGGACGAGUUGGCAAAAGCUACGCUCCCACAACAGCCCACUGUUACCGACCAUGUCGAUUGUAUGACUCAGUCUAACAAGAACAUUCAACCACAAUCACAUGUCGCUGAAGAUCCUUCCGCCGUCUCAAGUCAAACCGAGAAAACUACACGCAGAAGUUAUUAUCAGUUUACCCCUCAAAGGGGCUCCUUCAUGCAACAUCGUUCAUCUGGAAGAAGAAGAAGUGGCUUUAUCUAG